UUCCCUCCACUGACAGCCAACAACAGUCAUGAGUGUCAGUGCCAUCCCGUCCCAGACUCCGACCCUCCAUGACGAGCCCGUUCACGAAGAGCACAUCGUGUCCGAGGUCGACAUCUCACGCGCCGAACGCGCAUUCCACACCCUCGAACGCGCCACCACCACCGAGUCCCGCAAGGAGCUCGCAAGGCGACGUACCAACUCUAUCUCGGAUGAGAAGAGAGCACUCGAUGUGUACGAUGAGGAGAAGGCAGAGCAGCCGUUCGACCUCAAGGAGUACCUCAGCUCGUCUAACGACAAGGCUACUGCCGCCGGUCUCAAGCACAAACAUGUCGGUGUCACCUGGGAAGACCUCCAGGUCGAUGUCAAUGGUGGUGUCGACUACAAGUUCCACGUUAGGACAUUCGGACAGGCAAUUUUGGAAUUUUGUUUGCUUCCGUAUUUCUGGUUCAUGACUUUGUUUAAUCUUGUCGCCCCUUCAAAAAGAAAUGCGAUGCCUACACGCACGAUUCUUCACAAAUCAUCAGGGGUGUUAAAACCUGGCGAGAUGUGCCUUGUUCUUGGCUGCCCUGGAUCAGGCUGUACAACUUUCCUUAAGGCGAUCGCAAACCAGCGGCGCGAGUAUGGCCGAGUAUCGGGCGACGUGCGCUACGCAGGUAUCGAUGCCACCGAAAUGGCUAAACGUUACAAGGGCGAAGUGGUGUACAACCAGGAGGACGAUAUUCAUAUGGCUACUCUCACUGUGCAGCAGACUUUGGCCUUCGCACUUAGCACAAAAACUCCAGGUCCGAAUGCACGACUUCCCGGCGUCUCGCGCAAGGACUUUGCCAGGGAAGUCUUAAAUACGCUUUUGAAAAUGCUCAAUAUCAGCCACACUGCAAACACACUCGUCGGCGAUGAAUUCGUACGCGGUGUUAGCGGCGGUGAGCGCAAGCGUGUAAGUAUCGCGGAAAUGAUGGCAACUCGUGCCCACGUCCAGUGCUGGGAUAACUCGACUCGCGGACUCGAUGCCAGUACUGCCCUGGACUUCGCUAAGAGUCUAAGAAUCAUGACCGAUGUACUUGGACAAACGGUUUUCGUCACACUAUACCAGGCUGGUGAAGGAAUCUACAACCUAUUUGACAAGGUCAUGGUACUUGACGAGGGUCACCAGGUCUUCUUCGGACCGCCUUCGGAGGCUCGUGCGUACUUCGAGAACCUUGGAUACAAUAAACUCCCGCGCCAGAGUACAGCAGACUAUCUUACCGGUUGCACGGACAAGAAUGAGCGCCAGUUUGCUCCUGGGCUUUCUGCACACAGCGUUCCUUCAACACCUGAGGCAAUGGAAGCUGCCUUCCGCAGAUCUCGUUACGGAAUUUCCCUCGAUGACGAGCUCUCCAAGUACAAGCUCCUACAGGAAACCGAAAAAGCUGACCAAGAAGCCUUUCGCGCAGCUGUCGAAGCUGACAAGAAACGUGGUGUAUCUAAGAAGAGUCCUUAUACGCUUGGAUUCUUUGGACAGGUCAAGGCCCUUACUAAGCGUCAGUUCCAGCUGCGCAUUCAAGAUCGCUUCCAGCUUAUCACUUCAUACGGACUUGCAUGGAUUCUUGCUAUCGUCAUUGGAGCGGCAUUCUACAACCUCCCGCCAACUAGUGCAGGAGCAUUUACACGUGGUUCAGUUAUUUUCGUCGCGAUGCUUACAAGUUGCCUCGAUGCAUUUGGUGAGAUGCCGACACAGAUGCAUGGAAGGCCGAUUCUGCACAAGCAAAGUGCUUACGGUUUCUAUCGCCCCGCGGCCGUUGCACUCAGCAACACUCUAGCAGAUUUACCGUUCAGUGCAUCGCGUAUAUUCGUGUUCAACGUUAUCGUGUAUUUCAUGCCGCACCUCAGCUGGACUGCUGGUGGUUUCUUUACGUUCCAUCUGUUCACUUACCUUGCGUACCUCGCCAUGCAAGGCUUCUUCCGCACUAUGGGACUUCUAUGUGUCAACUUUGACAGCGCGUUCCGCAUUGCAACUUUCUUCGUGCCGAACAUGAUUAGUUAUGCGGGCUACAUUAUCCCCAUUUUCGAUAUGAAGCGGUGGCUCUUCUGGAUUUCGUACAUCAAUCCGCUCUACUAUGCCUUCUCCGGAUGCAUGGAGAACGAGUUCAUGCGUAUUUCGCUAUCAUGCGACGGUAAUUCCGUUGCCCCAAGGAAUGGUGGUAUUUUGAACAAGUACCCCGACGGCGUCGGACCGAACCAAGUGUGCACCCUCUUUGGUUCAUCACCCAGUAGUUCGUCAGUACCUGGCAGCUCGUAUAUCGGUGCCGGUUAUCAGUACAAUGUGUCCGAUUUAUGGCGCCGGAAUUUCGUGGUUCUAGCUGCAUUCUUCGUCGUAUUCCAAAUCACUCAGUUGAUCGCACUUGAGUACUUCCCGCGUUAUACUGGCGUAUCGUCUGUAACGAUCUUUGCUAAGGAGAAUGCAGAGACGAAGAAGCUGAACGAAGAGCUACACAAGCGUAAGGAAAACCGUGCUUUGCGCGAGAAGGGAGAAGAGGACUACAGUGACGAGAAGAAGAAGGAUUUCUCAGACCGCCGCGUCUUCACUUGGGAGAACCUGAACUACGUUGUACCUGUACCUGGUGGCAAUCGUCGUUUGCUGCACGAUGUCAUGGGAUAUGUGAAACCAGGUACACUUACUGCGUUAAUGGGUGCGUCCGGUGCUGGUAAGACGACGUGUUUGGACGUCCUUGCACAAAGGAAGAAUAUUGGUGUUGUCACUGGAGACAUUCUUGUCGAUGGUCGCCCUCUCGAUUCCGACUUCGCACGCGGUACUGCAUAUGCCGAGCAAAUGGAUGUACACGAGGGAACAACGACGAUUCGCGAGGCCAUGCGCUUCUCCGCUUAUCUCCGCCAGCCUUUCUCAGUGUCGAAGGAAGAGAAAGAUGCAUACGUCGAGGAAAUGCUUGAGCUACUCGAGUUGCAAGACAUGGCGGAUGCGAUGGUCUUCAGUCUGACUGUCGAGGCACGGAAACGGUUGACAAUCGGUGUCGAACUCGCGAGCAAGCCUGAGUUGCUUUUGUUCUUGGACGAGCCGACCUCGGGUCUCGACAGUCAGUCUGCAUGGAAUCUGGUUAGAUUCCUUAGGAAGCUUGCAGACAGUGGACAAGCUAUACUGUGUACCAUCCACCAACCGUCUUCGCUUCUUUUCGAAAGUUUCGAUCGCUUGCUUCUUCUUGAGAAAGGGGGUGAGACAGUUUACUUCGGCGACAUCGGCACAGAUUCGCAUGUACUACGCGAUUACUUUGCGCGCUACGGAGCUGUCUGCCCGCCAAAUAUGAAUCCCGCGGAAUACAUGCUUGAGGCGAUCGGCGCAGGUGUUACACCGCGUAUCGGCAGUCGCGACUGGAAGGAUAUCUGGCUUGAGUCUCCAGAAUGUGCUCGUGCGCGUCAGGAAAUCAAAGAGAUGAAAGAGAAAGCGCUCGCGAAGCCGUACUCUAGUGCUGUGAAGAAGUCAACUUAUGCAACGCCGUUCAUGUACCAGCUCAAGACGGUCGUUUCGAGGAACAACAUCGCACUUUGGCGUUCACCAGACUAUGUGUUCACGCGACUCUUUGUUCACCUGUUCAUCUCGCUCUUCUCUUCGCUGUCGCUCCUUCAGCUUACUGACAGUCUUCGUGACCUCCAAUACCGAGUGUUUGGAAUUUUCUGGGUGUCCGUCUUGCCAGCUAUUCUGAUGUCUCAGAUCGAACCUCUAUUCAUCAUGAACCGGAGGACUUUCAUCAGAGAGGCUUCGAGUCGCAUCUACUCGCCGUAUGUCUUCGCCAUCGGCCAGUUGAUUAGUGAAAUUCCGUACUCGAUUCUCUGCGCUAUUGUCUACUGGGCUCUUGCAGUAUGGCCAAUGGGCUUCGGCAAGGGAGCGGCCGGUACGAAUGGAAACGGCUACCAGCUGCUCAUGAUCAUUUUCGUGGAACUCUUCGGUGUCGCCCUCGGUCAGUUGAUCGCCGCUAUCUCACCUUCUAUCCAGAUUGCCGUCUUGUUCAACCCGUUCUUGGGUCUGGUACUGACGACCUUCGCUGGUGUGACUAUCCCGUACCCGACGAUGGCGAAGUUCUGGCGCUCGUGGCUGUACUGGCUUACACCAUACACGUACGUGUUGGGAGGUAUGCUUUCUACCGAACUUCAUGGUCUGACCGUCAAUUGCCGGGACGACGAGUUCGCGCAUUUCAACCCCCCAUCUGGCCAGACAUGCCAACAGUGGGCGGGAGAGUUCGUCUCUGCGUUUGGUGGAUACCUGAACAACCAGAACGCAACGGCUGAUUGCCAGUACUGUCAAUACAGAAAAGGUGACGAGUUCUACACACCACUUCGUAUUAGCUACGAUGACCGCUGGCGGGAUGUUUGGCUCGUAUUCUGCUACUUCGUUUUCAACAUGGUUGCUACUAUUAUUGCAUCACGUUUCCUCCGUUUCGCCAAACGAUAGAUCAUGUCUAUGCAUGCUAUUUCAAAAAUUGUUUUUCCAUUUUUGGAAGGUUUUCUCUUUCUCGUGCAUCUAUUAUAUUUUUCUUUUGACCGGGUCAAUGACUCCCGGUUUCCUUUUCUCAUUGAUUGUUUGGCAUGACCGCUACGACGCACGUCAUUUUAUAUUCAUAUUCUCUUCACGACAUUACCAAAGGUGAAAUAAUAGACAGCUUUCCUUCCUCUAGAGUAUUUGGAAUAACUAUCGGUAGGGUAGUUACGGAACUCUCGAGCGGGCAAUUAAUACUUGCUUGGGGCGGAUUAAACAUGUAUUUGCAUAGAAUUAGUUGAAUUGGGAUGGAGUUCUGAACCG